GGCGCGCGCUGUUCGUGCCUGGGUCGGUCGUCGGCUACCGUCCGCCGCCGCCUGGUCGAGGCGAGAUGCCGCCAGACAGGACCUACUGUGUGCUAUGGUUAUUGGGAGGCUACCCUUUGGUCCGUCGUCUCCGCUCCUGCCGACACCGGCACAACACCGCUCGCAGUGACUCGAUCCCUGCCGCCGCAGCCUGCUGAUUGCCCGCAGGCCCUCGCCCUGCCCGAUCCUGUCUCCCUGAUCCCUCCACCGGUGCGAUGCCCUCUGCCCUCGGCAGGCGGCAGCUCAUCUCGAGUGCUCCCUUCUCGCCCACCACGGCCGUGCUCGCGUAGCCCGGCCGGCGUCACCGCCGGAAAGGUGUAGGCGGGAACACCCGCGCCGUGCUGCACCGCCCGUCCGCUCCGGGCCCCAGUUCUCUUGCGCCAGCACCCACAGCUUGUAGGGCGCAGGCUGGCGGCCGUAGCUCCGGUCCAUCGGUUGGACCUUCAAGGUUGCACUCCUAUUCGCCUGCUCUGUCUGACCUGAAAAUUUUGGAACCAAUGGAAGAGGAAGAGUAUAGCUCUGAAACAUCUAAUGAAGAAGAUGGCGAAAAAGAAGGAAAUGCUGCUGAGAGUGAUGUCUUCAGACCAGUUGAUGUAGAUCCAGCAUGUUUACCAAGAGUAGGGAUGAUAUUUGACUCGGAGGAAGAUGCCUUUCAGUUUUAUGUGACGUAUGGUUGUCACGCAGGUUUUGGUAUUACAAGAAGAUCUAACAAUACCUUUGAUGGUUUCCGCUAUCGCUCUACAUUCAUAUGUUCUAAAGGAGGGCAGUCUAGACUGAGAUCUGGUGUGACAAAACCUGCAAGAAAGCGAGGUGUGAAGACUGGCUGCAAGGCCAAGAUGAUUGUGAAGGAUGCCCAUUUUCAAAAUCGCUGGGAAGUAAUUGUUCUUGAGUUGGAGCACAACCAUCCAUUGGAUCCGAACUUGCUUAAGUUUAAGAGACAUUUGAAGAACUCCCCUUUUACGAUAAAUCCACCUCAAAUUUGUGAGUCUGAGGGACAACAGAGCAACUCAGCUCUUGUACAUUCAAGCAGAGUUGUUGAUACUGGUAUAACUUCGUCUUCUACACAGAUUGAAUUCAAAGCCAAGAUAGAUAGAAAUAGGAAAUUGAAGCUCGCAGAAGGAGACUUAGACGCCUUGUUGGAUUUUCUCAACAAAAUGCAAGACCAAAACCCUUGUUUCUUUUACAGUUUAGAUAUGAAUGAGCAAGGGCAACUAAGGAAUGUCUUUUGGUCUGACGCCAAAUCACGCAGUUCAUACAAUUACUUUGGUGAUGUUGUUGCUAUUAAUGUCACAAACUUCAGCGAUCAGUAUGAUAUGCAGUUUGUGUCAUUCAUGGGAACUAACCACCAUGCACAGCCAGUGUUACUAGGUUGUGGCCUGCUUGCUGGUAGAUCUCUUGGGGCUUAUGUGUGGCUUUUUGGUACAUGGUUAAGAUGUAUGAAUGCCAAACCACCACAUUCAAUAAUUACAAACUACUGUCAUGAUGUAGCGAUAGCUAUCAAAAAGGUUUUCCCUAACGCACGUCACCGUUUUUGCCUUUCACACAUCUUAAAUGUGCUUCCUGAAAAGUUGGAAGAAAUUGAUAACAAAGAUGAAAUUAUUUCCACAUUCACCACACUAGCCUAUGAUUAUGUUACUAUGACUGAUUUUGACAGAGAGUGGCAAGAUACUAUCCAACAUUUUCGUUUGGAGAGAAAUGAAUGGCUGUCCAAACUAUAUGAGGUCAGGAUGCAGUGGGCUCCUGUUUAUGUUAAGGAUUCAUUUUGGGCAGGAAUGUCUGUCACAGACAGAAGUGAUAGUGUAACUGACUAUUUUGAUGGCUGGUUGAUGUCAGGAACCUCUUUGAAAAUGUUUGUAGAGCAAUAUGAGGAAGCUGUUAAAGGAAAGUUAGAAAAGGAAUCUUACGAAGAUUUACGAUCAGCUCAGAUGAGGCCACCAAUGGUGACGGGGUUGCCUGUGGAAGAUCAAGCAGCAAAGGUGUACACUGCAGAAAUCUUUCAGAAGUUCUUCAAUGAAAUAGGACAUUCAUUUCAUUGCAAUUAUAAUAUACUUGAACGGAAUGAGUCAGUGGUUACAUACAUAGUUUCGGAGCAUGUCGAUCAAACAAACAAGGUAGACUACAAAGUUGCUUAUGAUAAUGUUCAAGGUGACAUAUGGUGCCUCUGCCGUUUGUACCAAUCCAAAGGAAUAUUGUGCAGGCAUGCACUCACUGUACUGAGACAGGAGCUUGUGCUGAUGAUUCCACAAAAAUACAUCAUUCAUCGCUGGUGCAAGGACUGUAAACAAACUUGUGCUUCCAUAUCCCAGCCUGUCUCAGCAGGUAAUCAGGAACUGGGAAGCUACGAUGAUCUGUACAAACUUGGCCACCUAUACUUUGCAGAAGUUGUGGAAUUUGGUUCCAUGAACUCAGAAUCAAAAGAAUAUGCUUUGUCAAUCAUGAGGGAAGUCAGGGAUAAAGUGAUUUCAUAUGAGAAAUCACUAAGAGAUCAAAGGGUUGACAGCCAUGUUUCAACAGCCAACUUUGCAUACAAUCCUGUGAAUGAGGAUUUUACUGAUGAUGCUUUGCCUAUCUCUCUUAGUACAAAGGGCUGGGAUCUUACCCAAGGCCAAUCUAAACGUUCCCGAAAGAAGAAGCUGGCGACCCCAACUGUUCUUGAUACUUUGAAAAAGAAAACUAAAAGGGCAUAUAACAAAAGGAGGAAUGCCACUGCAAACACCCUGAACACAUCUGCCACUGCAACUGACGGCAUAACUGAUGGCACAAAUGUUCAGCAGAAUCCUGUAAAUGAGGGAUGGCAGCUAGCGUCGACUAGUGCUCCCGAAACUUUCUCUUAUGGAGUGGAGAACAUUUCGUUUGAUUUGUCACAAUACAACAAUGCCCCAAGCUUCCACUGGCCUGAAAGCAGCAGCAGGUCUCAGCUCCACUGAGUAGGCAGCAAUGCAAUCGUGGAUGCCUUCCAAAUAGACUAAGUUCUGACAGUCUUGUAAGGGCUUGUUCGGUUAUUCCUAUCUUCUGUGGAUUAGAUGAGAUUGGAAAAAAAUAUGAAAGAUUUUGACUUGAAAGAUUUUGACUUGUUUGGGAUUAAAACGCACCCAAUUCCACUCAAUCUACAUGGAUUGAGAGCAAAACCAACAAGCCCUAAUUUGGAAAAAAAAAAAAACUAGAGGUGAUGGAUCAGGUUUGACCUUUCUAUUCCUGCCUAGGACUCUAGGAGUCAGUGACCACCUGAAUAAAGGUGAAAAGGGAAGGGAUUCAAUGUGGUGAAGUGACAUCUACCAUCUAUGUACCAAUUUAGUGGAACGGGUUCUCUACAUAAUCAUUCCUUUUUUUCCUUCCAUGGAUAUUUGCAGCUCCCGAUUGAUUUAUCUGAACCAUGUAAAUUAGGUCAGAUGCCCCUGAAUCGACCUGAUGUUUCACUAUGGAUCCCUCAGGAAAUCAUAUGCCCCUUCUCUGAUGAAGCUGUUUGUAACAAGAUGUUUAUUGCUUCACCAAGUUCAUCUGUUUUCGCUAAUAUUUGUUCCGUUCAAUUUCUAUGAUCAAAUUAUUAUAUUUGUUCUGUCCA